AAAAUUCAAUAUGACCGCCACAGCCACUCGCAGCUUGAACGAUUUCCACAAACGAUUGGAAGCCGCCGAUAGAAAAUUGGUUGUCUUGGAUUUCUAUGCCACCUGGUGUGGAAUUUGCAAGGAAAUGGAAGGCACCGUUAAAUCUCUGGCCCGUCAAUAUGCCGGCAAGGCGGUGUUCAUUAAAAUCAAUGUGGAUAAAUUUGAAGAGCUCACGGAGAAAUAUAAUGUCCGCAGCAUGCCCACUUUUGUAUUUCUCAAGGGUAUGAGACGUGUCAGCAGUUUCUCCGGAGCCGAUGAUGAUAAGCUGAUCAGAACUGUAACCAAACUGGCCAAAUAGAAGACGGAUGAGAACUGGAA